AAAAGAUUUGUCUUAGACCCUUGGUUGGCGAGCAAAGCGCUCAACCAUCGCUGCUUUCUUCUUCUUCUUUCCAGAAUCAGGUUUUCUGAUCAAAGUUCCUCAAAAUCAGACUUUUUGGGUUGAAUUUGUGUUGGUCGGAGGAAAAACAUUGAGUUUGAUUUUUGGGUUCUUGUCGGUAUUAGGUUUUUGUGUAUUUAUAUAGAUAGACUGGGGAAAGUAGAUAUGAGUGUGGUGGGAUUUGAUAUUGGAAAUGAGAAUUGUGUUAUUGCUGUGGUGAAGCAAAGAGGGAUUGAUGUUUUGUUGAACGAUGAAUCAAAGCGAGAAACCCCGGCCGUCGUUUGUUUCGGUGAGAAACAGCGGUUUCUGGGGUCAGCUGGGGCUGCUUCAGCUGUAAUGAACCCGAAAUCUACGGUCUCUCAGGUGAAGAGACUUAUUGGUACUAAAUUUAGUGAACCUGACAUUCAAAAUGAGCUUAAGCUGUUCCCGUUUGAGACUUCUGAGGCACCUGAUGGUGGCAUUUUGAUUCACCUGAAGUACUUGGGUGAGACUCAUACUUUUACCCUGGUUCAGAUUAUGGCGAUGCUCUUCGCGCAUUUGAGAGAGUUAGCGGAGAAGAAUUUGGAAAUUCUGGUCUCCGAUUGUGUUAUUGGGAUCCCUUCGUACUUUUCAGACUUGCAGAGACGCGCUUAUUUGGAUGCUGCGUCAAUUGCUGGGUUGAAGCCUUUGAGAUUGAUGCAUGAUUGUACUGCAACUGCACUUAGUUAUGGGAUUUACAAGAUGGAUUACUCCGCUUCUGGGCCGACUUAUGUUGCUUUUGUUGACAUAGGCCAAUGUGAUACUCAGGUCUCUAUUGCUUCGUUUGAAUCGGGUCAUAUGAAGAUAUUGUCUCAUUCUUUUGAUAGUAACUUGGGAGGGAGAGACUUUGAUGAGGUUUUGUUCCAUCAUUUUGCUGAGAAAUUCAAGGAGCAGUAUGGCAUUGAUGUGUACUCUAAUGUCAAGGCGUGCAUUAGGCUGCGAACUGCGUGUGAGAAGCUAAAGAAAGUUUUGAGUGCGAAUCCGGAGGCACCCCUGAAUAUCGAGUGUCUAAUGGAUGAGAAAGAUGUUAAGGGCUUCAUUAAAAGGGAGGAAUUUGAGAAGCUGACUUCAAGGUUGUUGGAGAGGAUUGUUCUUCCUUGUAGCAAGGCUUUAGCUGAUGCAGGGUUGAGUGCGGACAAGAUUCAUUCUGUUGAGCUUGUAGGGUCAGGGUCUAGGAUCCCAGCUAUUACUAGAUCAUUAGCUUCAGUUUUCAAGAGAGAGCCCCGCCGGUCGUUGAAUGCAAGCGAGUGUGUAGCCCGUGGAUGUGCUCUACAGGGUGCAAUGCUAAGCCCUGUUUUUCGGGUCAGAGAAUAUGAGGUUCAAGAUUCACUUCCUUUUUCAAUAGGCUUGUUAUUGGAUGAGAGUCCUAUUGGCACUGGGACUAAUGGAAUCCUGUUCCCAAAAGGCCAACCCAUUCCAAGCAUUAAAGUUUUGACAUUUCAAAGAAGCAGUUCGUUUAAAUUGGAGGCAUUCUAUGCUAAUCCCUAUGAACUGCCCCCUGCCACAUCUCCAAAAAUUAGUUGUUUCACGAUUGGCCCUAUCCAAGGAACAUGUAGUGAAAAGGCAAGGGUUAAGGUUAAAGUUCAUUUAAACCUCCAUGGCAUUGUUAGAGUUGAAUCGGCCACGUUGAUAGACGAUCAUGUUGGUAACUCAGUCUCAAGAGGCGAAGUUCACUCUAUGGAUGCAAUGGACGUUGAUGGUGCAUCUGUUUCCGGUGGUUCUGAGAGGGUUGCAAAUGGGGUAGAAGAUAGUGCAAGUAUACAAACAGAAUCUUCGCAUCCUUCAGCAAAAGCUACAAAAGAGGAGAAAUCCACCAGAAGGCUAGAGAUACCCGUUAGUGAGAAUAUAUACGGUGGAAUGACUAAGGUAGAGCUUUCAGAAGCGCAAGAAAAAGAACUUCAGUUGGCCCAGCAAGACCGAACUAUGGAAGAGACUAAAAACAAGAAGAAUGCUUUGGAGUCGUAUGUUUAUGAGAUGCGUAAUAAGCUCUUCAGCACAUAUCGGAGCUUUGCAAGUGAUCAAGAGAGGGAGGGCAUCUCCAGGAGCCUACAACAGACAGAGGAGUGGCUUUACGAUGAAGGAGAUGAUGAAACUGAAAGUGCUUAUACUUCAAAGAUGGAAGAUCUUAAGAAGCUUGUGGAUCCAAUUGAGAAUCGCUAUAAAGAUGAGGAUGCAAGAACAGAAGCUACAAGAGAUCUCUUAAAGUGCAUUGUGGAUUAUCGUACGGCCGUGGAUUCACUUCCCCCCAAGGACAAAGAACUGAUUGUUAACGAGUGCACUAAAGCCGAGCAAUGGCUCAGAGAGAAAACCCAAGAACAAGAUUCCUUGCCAAGGAAUAUUGAUCCAGUAUUAUGGUCAAGCGAUAUCAAGAGCAAGACUGAUGAACUAAACUUGGCAUGCAAGCAUAUAUUGAGAUGCAGGGCUUCUCCAAAUAGAUCAGACCAACAGGAUACUUCUGACCACACAUAAACUGAUUGGUGCAGUGAUGCCUCAUAGCUUUUGUUUAGAAUUCUUGUUUGCUCUGACAAAUGUAGAUUUCUUGUGUUAUGUCUUUCCUUUUUCUUUUCUUUUCUUUUUAUCCCCCUCUAUUCCUUUAUACAAGCAUAUAUUAAUGAGCAUAGUAAAAUAUUGAGAUCUUAAAAUGU